AGAAACAAAUUACAUACAUAGUCUCUCUCUCUCUCUCUCUACAAUUCGCACUCCUCUCUCUCUAAAACAUUUUUUCCCUUCUAGAUUUACAGCUGAAUUCUCUCCGAUUCAUCGCCCCAAUUCUAGGGUUUUUACUUUUCGCGCUCGAUACUGUGUUGCAUAAGCUCCAUGUCCUAUACUGCCAUGCGGGAAAAUUCAUCUGAUUCAUCUUCACAAGAACAAUCACAAGACAAGGAAUCACAGUCUGAAGAAGUUCUAAGUGAGGAAGAAGAUGAUGUUAGCAAAGAAACACAAAAUGCUCAAUCUUUUCCUUCAGAUAGCUAUGGACAAGAGCAGCACAAUUUUCAUCAGGGAGUACCAAAUGUCCUUCCAAGUAAUCCAGAAACCUUAGGGCAAGUCCCACAACUCGAACUUGUUGGCCACUCAAUUGCAUGUGCUCCAAAUCCAUAUUGUGAUCCAUACUAUAGUGGAAUGAUGGCAGCUUAUGGUCAGCCUAUGGUUCAUCCUCAAUUUCUUGAUAUGCACCAAGCGAGGAUGCCUUUACCCCUUGAAAUGGCACAAGAGCCUGUUUAUGUGAAUGCCAAACAAUACCAUGCAAUAUUGAGGCGAAGACAAUCACGUGCAAAAGCAGAGCUCGAAAAGAAGCUGAUAAAGGACAGAAAGCCUUAUCUUCAUGAAUCGCGACAUCAGCAUGCAAUGAGAAGGGUGAGGGGUAGUGGUGGUCGUUUUGCAAAAAAGACUCAAGUUGACUCUUCUUCAAAGCAUGGAGGAGAUGAAGAUAAUAAUAAUAAUAAUAAUAAUAAUAAUAAUAAUAAUAAUAAUAACAACAAUGCAACAGGUUCAGGUUCAGGCAUGUCAUCAUCCCAGUCUGUGAAUAUGAAUAUGAAUUCAACGGGUAUGAAGCGUGUGCGAUCAAAUGAAUCUGAUGAAAGUUUGGAGGCCCAUAAUGAAAAGAGAAGGGGCGAAUUGGUAAGUUCACUGAAUGCUCGCAGCACAUAUCAUUUGCAUUCUUCGGAUAGAGGUGAUGGGGGUUCUUUAGGCCAGCAGUGGAUAAGCAUAUCAUCUAACCAGGCUUCACAGAGGGCUGUUGCCAUGAAGUGAUGUCAGGAGAUCUAAGGCUUAUUUUGAAGCUGACCGGCAAAUCAUUCUUGGCUUUUGUCUUAUGCACAAGGAAGAGGGCAAAAAGGUAAAU